UCCUCCGUGUUAAAGUAGGCGGACGUGACUCGCAUGUGCUCUUUAUCAUUGGUGUAGUACAGGCUGCUACUUUCUGGGCUGCUAGAUGGGUUAAAUAUAAACCUUUUACCGUUUAUAAACGCUGUGCUCCUAUUGAGCAGUUUCUUCACCUUUGAGAGGACCCCUACGUAGCUCCUGUCCUGCCGCAAUGACGCUGAGCUCCAUAAAGUCUUUCAAGCUGGAGCUGGAUGGUCCAGCUGAUGCAGCGUUCACUGGAGGGGAGGUGGUGUCCGGCCAGGUGGUGCUGGAGCUACGGAAGGACACCAAAGUGCACUCCAUGAAGGUGCAGGGACGAGGGGUGGCCACAGCACACUGGCUGGAGAAUCGUGGCAUGAACUCUGUGUAUAAUGACUACACCUCCAAGAUCACGUACUUCAGGAAGAGACAGCAUCUGAUCCGAGCUGGUAGCCACUGUGUCUUGUCGCUGCACUUGAAAUGAAGCCACCUGGGACAAAUAUGUUGCAUGGAAACCCGGGAGAGAGGUCAACACUGGCUACAUUUGAUCCUAUCAUUAAACACAAAUCCAUUAGUGCUGAAUCCAAAUAAACACAACUAUGUUUAUUGA